UUGUAUUUUAGCUUUGACAGUAAAAACACCGUACAUGUUAUUAUAGUGUAGUGAAAAUUAAGAUCUUUAGUUUUCAUGUGGAAAUAAAAGAAAUAAGCUAAAACGUACUAUAUAUUUGUUAUAUACAUACAGAGUACAUUUUUAUAUACGUAAUAGUUUAAAAAUCUGGUUUUGAAACGACAACUCAACAACAACAUUAACAACAAUAAUAACAAACACCACAAACAACAUUUACCAAAGAGGCCGUUUAGCGAUAUAUUGUUUUUUGUUAAAUUGGCUCUACUGUAGCUGGCUAACGUAUUAUUGGGCUAUAAUAUCAUCUUUUUUUGGAAUUUAAAUAAAACUGGUUUUUCGAAACGGAACAAGUUUACCCGGUUUUUUUAAUUUCUGAACUGAACUGAAUUUAUACUUUAACAUUUUUUCCCCUGGCCGUCGCAGCCGUUGUUGCUGCUGUGGUUUUUGCUAACAAGUUUGGCUCUGUUCAACGUAAAAUAUUGUUGUUUUUUUACUUUUUUAAUUCUGUUUCCAACAACUUUGAACAGUUUAGUCGUUGAUCUAAUAUGGCUCAGAAUCAUGAUUUUGAUCAGUUUAUAGAUGUCGACAACACUACCAUUAAUCCCAGCCCCCAACGUGUGCGUAAUAUAUUGACAUUAGAGGAAAAAGUGGCCGUUAUCCAUGCCUACGAUCAACGUCCCAUGUACAAGAAAGUAGCGCGCAUGUUUAACUGUAGUUGGGAGCAAAUAAAAAAUAUCGUUACAAAUCGUACAGCCGUUAUGGAUUUUUAUAACGAAACGAAAAGUAAAAAAGAAAAGAUCGAUGCUGAUCAUGAAAUGCAAAUGGAUUUAAAACAGAGAAAAAUGAAGUUUCUGGGAGAGUGUGUGUACGAGUCUAUACAGCGUGUGCAAUAUCAUGCAAAAUUGCCCAUAACCGAAGAGUUGAUAAAACACAAAGCUUUGGAAUUUCAAGAUGUUUUACGAAUACCGGGAUUUUCGCCGACCAAGAAAUGGCUAAAUCUAUUUAAGGCCACCUAUAAUAUUUCGUUGUCCAAUAAACAGAUUUCCAUAUACACUAAACCCCAGCAUUCGUUGGAUAUAAAAGAUAUUAUGACCUAUUGUACCAAAGUGAAAACAGGUAGAUCUUUGCUGACCAAGUACAGUAAGGAUGAUGUUAAGAAUGUGGAAUAUGAAACGAAACGUUUGCGUAAGUUGAAUUUUUUGCAAGAGGCUCUUAAGGAAUAUUCGCUUAGGGUUAAAUUUCAUCAUAAAUCAAUGAAAUUGGAUCCGGCAUCAUUGCGUCGUGUAGCCCGGGAAUUUAAUGAAAUUCUAAAAGUGCAGGACUUUGAACCCACUACAGAAUGGACUGUAGAAUUUAAUAAACUGUGCGAUAGAGAAGAGGAUCUGACACAUAUCAAGAGACCGCCUUUGAGUUUGGAUCUAAAGGACAUCUUGAGCUAUUGCAGUCGUAUGCAGAACAAAGCUAAAGACAAUACCGUUACACUGACACCCAAAGAGACAGCAUUACAAAUGCGUGUUAUGCCCAAAUAUCCAGGGAAAAAUGUCGCUGAUUCUGGUUUAAAGUUUCAACAAAAUCCCAUUAUCUAUUUAGAUGAGGAAGGCGCUGGGGAAAAGGAUGUCAAGCCUGAUAUAAAUGAAAUAAGAGUGGAGAGACCUCAUCAGGAACAGCCGCCACCUUUGAAAAUCCGUAAAAUUGAAUCGAUUAACAAUGAUCCGGAACUACAGCGUAAAUUUCAAACCAGCAUUGAAUUACGCAAAAUGCCCACGCUCACCAUUAGAGAAAUGCCUAAAGAACCAGCCAAACCACCGGCAAAAACCAUAAUUUACAUACAAAAAGUUCCUGCUAUUGCACCCAAAGAAAAUAUUUUACGCCUAGCACCUCAACCAGAGAAUGUGCAAAUUAAAGAAGAGUCCCUGGAGGACAAUAAUUAUAUAUUGCCCACCAACACCCUCAUAACAACACCUCCACAAUUGCGCAUACAAAAAGUUCAUCAGCAACUGUCUCCCUCCUACCUAUCGCCACCACCUCAACAACAACAACAUUAUCCUCCUCAACCAUCAUCCUAUAAAUCGGAAGAUAACGAUCACGAGGAUUUACCACGUCAUGUUACCAGUUUUAGAGAUGUUCUUUUGCUGCUCAAACCUUUGGAGGAGUAUGCCAUGCUUAAGGAAAACUAUCGUGCUAUUGGUCUGAUAACCCAGCUGGAAGAGGUUUUGAAAAAUGAUCCCGAAGCAGAGAAUACCGGAGAUGAAGAGUUUAUCGGUUGAGCCUACAUAUGUAUAUUUGAUAAACAAACCAAAAAUUACCUUGUUUUAAAUGUAAUUUUUGUAAAAAAUUCUAAAAAUCGUUAAUGUAUUUUGUUAGUAGAAUUAAAUUAGUAGUAAACAAAAGCUUUUAGUUCCUUUAUUUACUACGUUAUUUUAUUGCUUAAUUAAUAAUAGUUAUUUAAGAAAUCGUAAGCUA